AUAUAUCUUUUGACUCUAUAUAUGUGGGCACCUGAUAUCUAUGAGGGUUCACCCACCCCGGUUACAGCAUUCCUUUCUAUUGCGCCUAAAAUCUCUAUUUCUGCUAAUAUUUCACGUGUUUCUAUUUAUGGUUCUUAUGGAGCUACAUUGCAACAAAUCUUCUUUUUCUACAGCAUUGCUUCUAUGAUCUUAGGAGCACUGGCCGCCAUGGCCCAAACGAAAGUAAAAAAACUUCUAGCUCAUAGUUCAAUUGGACAUGUAGGUUAUAUUCGUACUGGUUUCUCAUGUGGAACCAUAGAAGGAAUUCAAUCACUACUAAUUGGUAUCUUUAUUUAUGCAUCAAUGACGAUAGAUGCAUUCGCCAUAGUUUUAGCAUUACGGCAAACCCGUGUCAAAUAUAUAGCUGAUUUGGGCGCUCUAGCCAAAACGAAUCCUAUUUUGGCUAUUACCUUCUCCAUUACUAUGUUCUCAUACGCAGGAAUACCCCCGUUAGCCGGCUUUUGUAGCAAAUUCUAU